CUGUCCUUGCAACUUGGAAACGUAAGAAAACCUGUGUCAUUCUCAGUGUAGAUUCUGAAAAUUAGCAUCCAAAAUAUGUCGAGCGUAAAUUGUUAUCCGACGAUGAUGCGUGAUCGUUUUCAUGCGCUGUCUUGAUUAACGCCGACUGCGAUGCACGCUGUCAUUAAGCAACCAGAACACGAACGCUGUUGUUUGCACUGUGAGAUCUGAUAUAAUCUAGCGUUGCAUACGAAGCGAAUGGAUCAGAGAUCCACAGAGUAGCGUUUGCCAUCACAACCGUAGGAUUUAAUCGACGCGUCAGUGUACAUUUGAGGAUUUAAUAAGGUAAAACUCGGAACGAAGAGGACACUACCCCUAUCGCACAUAGACUGAAACGUCAUCAACAUUUUCCUAUAUUUAAAUGGUUGAGAGAGAGAGGAGGUCAUUGCUGAAAUAAGGAAGAACGCCGGGUGUUAAGAGAAACUGAGGGAAUUACACACAAGUGAAGAUUUACUCAAUUAGGCUACAUAAAUGGGGGAUUACGGCUUUCUGGUUAAAAACAACUCGGCAAACAAAUCCGUUUUUCCGGUAAGAAUUCACCCACACCUGCAGCAUACGGUUCCCCACCAGACAACCCCUCCAAGCCCUCCGGCUUUUAUCAGCAACAACAACACUACCAAUGGUGGAAGUGUUGGGUCCGCUUGGCUUUUCCCAACUGUGACGACCCACUCUAACAUGCAAGAUGAUAUUUUGGAGUCUGACACGUCCAAGGCUCCGCAACCGCAACAAGAGAGUCAUGAAGGACAAGAAAAGCCGACGCUCUCUCCUCCAGGUCACCAGGAAGCUCCAGGAAUCAUAUCAGAGUUGGACAAAACCAUGCCAGACGAGAACCAGCUGGAUAAAGGGACCAUGGAGAACGCUAACGGUAAAGAGCCACUGCGGCUCGAAUCUCCAGUGUUAUCAGGGUUUGACUAUCAGGAGACGUCUGGUAUUGGUACUUUAGCACAGUCUAGUAGCUCGUCUUCGUCGUCCCUUACUGGCUUCAGCAGCUGGUCCACUGCUAUGCCCCCCAACCCUUCCACUUUGAUCGAAGAGGUUGGCUUUUUCAAUCAGGCUGCUACUACUAACAAUGCUCCUCCUCCGCUGCUAUUUCAAAGUUUCUCUCAUCACGCCAGUUCAGGAUUCGGGGGGAACUUUUCCCACCAGAUAGGGCCUCUAUCUCAGCACCAUCCAUCUCCUCAUCCACACUUCCAACACCCUCAUAAUCAGCCCCGCAGGUCCUCGGCCAGCCCCCAUCCACCGCCCUUCUCCCACCGCAGUGCUGCUUUCAACCAGUUGCCCCAUUUGGGGAAUAGUCUAAGCAAGCCUCCUUCCCCCUGGGGGAGCUAUCAGAGCCCCUCGUCCACUCCAUCUUCUUCUUCAUGGAGCCCAGGUGGAGGAUACGGAGGCUGGGGAGGCUCUCAGGGACGGGAGUAUCGCCGAGGGCUGAACGGAGGGGUCAAUCCCCUCAACUCGAUCUCUCCUUUAAAGAAGUCUUUCCCAAAUAACCAGACCCCAAUGCAGAAGUAUCCCCGCAACAACUCUGGCUUCAACACUAAACCCUGGAUGGAGGAUACCAUAAACCGCAACGAUAGCGUCUUUCCAUUUCAGGAUCGCAAUCGGUCCUUUGAUGGUUUCAGCAUGCAUUCCCUAGAGAACUCUCUGAUCGACAUCAUGAGAGCCGAGCAGGAUUGCUUGAAAGGUCACUCAUCGUUGUUUCCCAUGGAUGAUGAGCGGACAUACGGAGAAGAUGACCGGUCUGAUCCGAGUCUGAGUGGACUGGGCUCCCCACACAGUUUCCCUCACCAAAACGGCGAACGCAUAGAACGCUUUUCGCGCAAGGUCUUUGUUGGUGGCCUACCUCCGGACAUAGACGAAGACGAGAUCACCGCCAGUUUCCGACGCUUUGGACAUUUGUUUGUGGACUGGCCUCACAAAGCGGAGAGCAAAUCUUAUUUCCCACCGAAAGGUUAUGCGUUCCUUCUGUUUCAAGACGAGAGCUCGGUCCAGGCGCUGAUUGAUGCUUGCAUGGAAGAAGAUGGGAAGCUCUAUCUCUGUGUCUCUAGCCCUACAAUCAAAGACAAACCAGUCCAGAUACGACCCUGGAAUUUGAACGACAGUGACUUUGUGAUGGAUGGCUCUCAGCCCCUCGAUCCCAGAAAAACGAUCUUUGUUGGGGGAGUUCCACGACCUCUACGAGCUGUGGAGCUCGCCAUGAUUAUGGACCGACUGUACGGCGGGGUGUGCUAUGCUGGCAUUGACACUGACCCUGAGCUGAAGUAUCCUAAAGGGGCUGGACGUGUGGCCUUCUCCAAUCAGCAGAGCUACAUUGCUGCUAUCAGCGCUCGCUUUGUGCAACUGCAGCACGGAGAGAUCGAUAAACGGGUGGAAGUGAAGCCAUAUGUACUGGAUGACCAGCUGUGUGAUGAGUGUCAGGGCACGCGUUGUGGGGGCAAGUUUGCUCCGUUCUUCUGUGCUAACGUCACUUGUCUUCAAUACUACUGUGAAUACUGCUGGGCAGCCAUUCACUCGCGAGCCGGACGGGAGUUUCACAAGCCUCUAGUGAAGGAGGGAGGAGACCGGCCUCGCCACAUCUCCUUCCGCUGGAACUGAUCCGGGAGAUCACGGCUGUGCUAAUCAUUUACAUGCACUUUUCAUUUUGCUAAGUCCUUUUUAUUUACAGUUCUUUUUUUAAGUCUAAAAUUGUAUUUAUUCUUAAGUUUUUAAUUUUAUUUUUUAUUUUUUUUGCAGAAAAGAAUGCUAAAAGAAAAUUGUGUAAUCCUGAUUUUUUUGGUUUUUGUUUUUUGUUGAAAAGCUACAUUGGUGCGCAUGAAGACUUGAAUGCAUUAGAUUUAAAAAUAUAGAUGUUUAGCCUGACUUGACUCUGAAUUACUGUUCUAUCUUUAUUCUCUCGGAGCCUCAUCUUUUUGUUUGUUAAUGGGUCACGUUUUCACUUUAAACUGUUGAAGGCCAUACACAAAGAGGCUGGAAAUGUUCGAGCCUCGCUCUUAGGACUUCAAUAUCAAGUUUGCCGUUUCACAGAAUAAUGAUUGCAUGGCAAAUGUGGAUUCACAGUUACUCCUUUAACAAAAUGCACAGUAACAACCAACAAGGGUUCAUUCUGGAAUGGAUUUGAUGGACUUGUUCUAACGUUUAAGGCAAAUCUUUGUGAUUUAGUUAUAAUGUUAAGAUCCUUUAGAGGAUCUCAUCCUAAAAAAGCUCAGACACUGUAAGAUUCAGGCUUACCUGAAGCAUACUUUAAAGAUUGCUAUUAAACUGCAUCCAAGUUAGCUAUUCCUUAAUCAAGCGUAAGAUCUGAGGCUAACGGCUACAACUGAGAACAGCAGCGAUGCAGGAUGUGACUGUUUGUCGUGCGAGAUGCACUGUUUUUAGGUCAGGCAAACCAAAGUUGAGCCUUAGAGAUGUCCUACUGUCUGUGAUCCAAUGAAGAUAAUCUAUACAUAUGUAUAUGAUAGGAAACUUGCAUUUUAAUUGGUUUGAUGGGUUUAAAAAUGAAAUCUAUUAAGUUAAUUAUUUAUGAUUCUUGUAAUGGUUAUGGCAGUAACUUUGGCUCAUUUGUCAGGGAUUUUGUGCUAAAAGCUAACUCAAUGUUGUAGUAUUUGCUAAUGAGAAAUGACCAUGUGUUGCAUUGAUAGUGUUUUACUGCAUGGGUUUUCGCCAUGGUGUUCUAACAGAGCAUUGCGGUAGCGGAGCACAUUUCAAUGAAUUUGAGAAAACAAAAAACAAAAACAUUAUUUUUUACAUGGUCUGCUGAUUUUUGUACUGUGUUUUAUAGCUAAUUAUUUUGUCAUGGACGUAAAACCAUUAUGCACUACUUUUCUAAAUAUUGUUUUUCAAGUCACUUUUUUCCACAAAUGGAAAGUCCUUUUAUGAUAACUUUUUUUUUUUCUUUUUUUUUUUUAAUAUAGAUUUUGUACCUUUUGUUACUGAGAGAUCUGGUUAUAACGCAAGCAUACCUUAAGGACAAGAAGAAAAAAAAAGCUAAUAUAAUUUUGUUUAGGUUUUUAUGUAUUUACGUGCUGAAAUCCCUAGAUUGUCACAUAUAAAUAUAUUUAGGUGACCGUAUUGUUGAAACUAAUAUCUUAAUAUUUGCAAAAUGCAAACAGUGUUCUGUUCCGUCUUAAUGGACGAAGUAAAUAUUGAAUCUAGCAUGACAUAAAUUCCUUAAAAUGUGUGGUACAUGUAGAAAUAUAUACCUACCCACUAUCAGUUACGAGAAUGAUAAUAUCUCCCUCAUUAUUGGCUGUAGAAAAUAAAAUAAUAAACACUGUAAUUAGAGUAAUGUUAGGAUGCACCUUGUAUCACAAUGAUGAAUGUUCCAUAUUGAAAUAUCAAUGUUCUGUAUAAUUCUGAGAGGCUACAGGUUAAUUUAUGCAUUACGCAUGAGCUAAAUUAAUAAGUUAGGGAUUUAUUAUUGUCAUUUGUCUGUAAUAGUAGUUUUGUUUCAACCUUUUUCAGUUCUAUGUACCUUGCCCAUGCACAAACUGUGCAUACCCAACUUUAUUGUGUUAACUAGAUAAUAAAAAAAGAAGCAUACAAGAGGGCGAUUAGUCAAAUAUUGAAUCAGGGUUUACUUGAAUACACUUUCAAAAUAUUGACAGUGAGAUCUGUGCAAUACUUUUUCCCAGAGACCUUUACAGUGUACUUCUAAUAUAACCAUUACUUGCAACGUGUCUCACCUCACAAACUCUCCUAGAAACAUUAUAACAUCUAUCAUUCUCUGAUUUAUAUAUAUAUAUAAAAGAAUACCACUGAAGUUAUAGGUGUUUUUACUUUUAUGUAUUCACAUAUUUUCCUACUUGAGUUCAUGCUACUGUGAUUACGAUGUAAAUAUUAAGUGAAUAAUGUUUUAACCAUUUACUGAUAUAUUUUUAAUUGGAAUGUAAUAAUUGUCAUGGUUUUUGAUCAGUACACUUAUUAGAUUUUCUAGUUUUAAUAAUCGCUAUAUUGUGCUUCAUGUCUACAGAAGGAUAAGAAGAAAAAAAAAAAUCUGAAAAUUAUCUACGUAACUGUUUAUUUAAAUUUACAUAGUUUAUAACUGUGUACGGGAAGGUGUAUUUAUCAACAGAUUUUUAUAAGAGGAAUAAUUUUUUUGCUAUGUCAUUUAUAAGUUUUAAUUUUUAUAUUUUAAAUCCAAAUGGAGUUAUGUAAAGAAAAAUAUCAUUUUAUAGUUGGGUUAGUCAUACAUGUGCUUUGGUAUAGUUGAGUCUUGAUUAUUUGCGGUUAAAUAUUUAUAACAGAAUGCUUAAAGUAUUUGUAAUGUGAAAUGUUGAAUGAAUAAACUUGAUUGCAGGAAA